CCACGCAAAGAUUUGAACCCUGAUCUCCCCACAAAGCUUGGCUCAGCCUCGUCAUGAGUCUUCCCUUAGUUUUCCCUCAACUUCACCAGUUAAGUUCUAUGUUAAGAAAGAAAAAAAUCAUACAUGGUAGUCGUCUAUAAACACGCAUUUGUAGUUUGAUGAGUUUGAUCAUACUGAUCAGCAUUUUUUUUGUGUGUCUGUGUGAUUGGAACACAACACAAAAUGUGACUACAUUUCCUUCUCUGUAACAUACGGGGGCAAUUCAGAGGAGGGUUGCAGUGAUAUGUUGGAAACAACAUAUUUCUGUCGAGCUUUCCUGCCCCGCCUCAAGUCGCCACCUCAAGGACGAGACGGUUUGCAAGCAUUUGCAUAAAGUGCUAAAAGGCGGGAGUUGUCAGAGCACACAAGGUGAUAGCUAGCAACAAGCGCACACGGGAGGAAGGACAACACACAACCUACCCGUGCACCCACUGCAGGGCACCUAACGCUAACACAGGAGGCCAGGAGAGAAAGACUACGCCGGAGGCAGAAAUCUGCUUCUUCAUUAUCUGUGAGGGGACACCAGGACACCUUGUUUACAGGGUGAUUGAGGAGUCAAGGGCAAAGCAGGAGGAGGAGGAGGAGCAGGAGGAGGGAGUGCAGAAAGGGACAGAUCCCAGCAGUUUGGUCAAUAUUCCUAAAGAUGGAACAGUCGCUGCAGUUUUGGCACACGCAGGUGGAGCCGCAGGCGGCUAGUGGUGAGCCCCAACAGAAAAUGUCCACGGUGAGCCAGCUGGAGUGCCCCAUCUGCUACAACACCUACGACAACGUCUUCAAAACGCCCAAGUUGUUGGCGUGCACCCACACCUUCUGCUUGGAGUGCCUCUCCCGCCUCAUGGCGAUCUCGCCGGCCGAGCAGGAAGGCGGCCAGGGGACGACGCACCUCUUAUGCCCCUUCUGCCGCCACAGCACCACUUUGCCCGAGGGGGGCCCACCGUCUCUGCCCACCAACCACCAAAUGCUGCAAAAUUUACCUGGCCACCAGCAGCAGGAGGAGCCCGUGUGGCUGGACGGCGAAAAGUUGUGUUACAAAAGCUCCAGGCCGGCGUCCGACAGCCUCUCGGCCUUGUGCAUCUGCAUCGACAUUGGCGCCGACAAGGGAGGCGGCGCCCCGAUCCAGACCCCGCCUCUGAGGUUACGCCUGCUGGACCGGCUGGCGGACUGGAAGCGGAUGGUGCUCUUCGUGGUGCUCAUGGUGCUGUUGGUCGUUGUGGUGCUGUGGCCACUGCAGUGCGUAUUCCGCACCGGAAACAUGCGAUGUAUGCAGAUGGUCCAACUGAACCGCACCGCCGCUUUUGACCCGCUGAACAGGCCUGCGGGUCUGGCAGAAUAGACAUGAACGCUGGCCCUCUGGGCUUGAUUGUGUAAAGCUUGUGGAUCGCAAGAGUGAGCGCAUGAAGAAAAAUGUUCACUUGUGACGACGCGCUGUGCAUUUUUCAUUUAGCAGCGCUUGACCAAGAGGAGGACCCCCAACAGUGUCUGUCCUGAAGGCCAUAUUUAUUUAUUUUUGGUGGUAAUAUGGAAAAAUACACCAUACCACACCUCGUCACACUUCAGCUUUUUAGGGAAACUAUAUUGUCGCUGUUCAUUGAAAGGCACACGUCCACAUUUUGAGAGCUUUAAGUAACUACAUGCACUUAAUCCCAUGAAGGAAACACUUUAUUAUUGUUGUCUUGUCUUAGAUUUGGAGACACGCUUUUCAUCGGAGAGCAACAAUUUGAAGAUUUCGCACCAUUUAACCUCUUGACCGUAUUAAAAUGAGCCCGGCUUGCUUAAUGUUGUAUUUCAUUACAGUUGCAUCAUGUGUGUAGAUUUGAAAUGGGACUUCUUUUUUUUUGCCUCAAAAUAUUUUUGAUGAGUUGAAAUGUUUGUUGUGAAUAAAUGAAAAGGAGAAAUAAAAUGGUGCUUAGGCUAGUUGAGA